AUGAUCUCCUCCAAGGUGGUGCCCCGAGAGGAGGCUCAGCGGGAGACGCUGUCUGAAGGUAGACUGGAGGCAGAGUCCUCCGACGAGGCUGGCCCUAGCUGGGCCGCAGGGCCGCCGUCAGAGCGCCUGCCGCCCCUGGGUCAGGAGGCUCCUCCGCCACGCCGCUGCCACACCGACUGUUUGGAAGCGCCCCUGUCGCGCUCCUUCCAGCGCCUUGGCGCCGCGGUGGGUUCGCACCCCUGGCUGUUCUUGCUUGGGCCUUUGCUGCUGGCGGUCGCGCUGGGCACCGGCCUCAUCUUCCUGCCCAAGGAGAAGGAGAACCUGGAAGAGCAGUACACGCCGAUUGGCAGCCCUGCCAAAGCCGAGCGGCGCUUCGUGCAGGGUCACUUCAGCACCAACGACACGUACCGCUUCUCCGCCUCCAGGACCAGCUCCGAGACCAACUUCGCGUCCAUCCUGGUGGUGUCUCUCACCGACUCACUCCUGAAGCCGAGGGCAUUCACAGAGGUGAGCAAGCUGGACAAAGCAGUGCAGGCGCUGAAGGUGGUACAGGAAAACGGACCGCCGAUCCUGUACAAAGAGGUGUGCGCCAAGUACAAGACGCUGUGCGUGCCACCCAACCCUCUGCUGUAUGCCUGGCAGCAUAACUUGUCAUUGGAUCUAUCAAGCCUCACCUUCCCCAUUCAUAACAUGUCCAACCACUUCAUCUACUUGGCGGGCUUCUUUGGGGGAAACGUCUUGGGCCAAUCGGUGGGAAGAAGUCAACGACUGACCGAGUCCCGAGCGUUGAGGCUGCUGUAUUACCUCAAGACCGAAGACCCCGAGGACAGUGAGCGUAGCAAGGCAUGGCUGACUCACUUUCUUGACCAUUUCAACGACAUGAAGAGCAGUCUGACUUUAGAAGAGACAGAGGUAGUCUACUUUACAUCCCUUUCAAGGCAGCUGGAGUUUGAGGCAACCUCCAAGACUGUGAUUCCUCUGUUCCAUCUGGCAUACAUUUUAAUCAUACUGUUUGCAGUUGUAUCAUGUUUCAGGUUGGACUGUGUAAGAAACAAAAUGUGGGUAGCAGUCUCUGGAGUGUUUUGUGUUGCCUUGUCAGUGGUGAGCGGCUUUGGCUUGAUGCUGCACAUUGGAGUCCCGUUUGUGAUCAUAGUUGCAAAUUCACCAUUUCUUAUUCUUGGUGUUGGGGUUGAUGACAUGUUUAUCAUGAUUUCUGCCUGGCAGAAGACCAGCCUCAUGGAAAGCAUAAGAGAACGACUCUCCAAUUCAUAUUCAAAGGUGGCAGUGUCCAUUACAAUCACCACCCUCACCAAUGUCCUUGCUUUUUAUACGGGAAUCAGCAGCUCUUUUAGGUCUGUACAGUAUUUUUGCAUCUAUACAGGAACAACUCUGCUCUUUUGCUAUUUUUAUAGUAUCACCUGUUUUGGAGCAAUUAUGGCUCUGGAUGGUAAAAGAGAAGUUGCGUGCUUCCGCUGGCUAGAAAAGCCAGACCCAAAAUAUGCCUCAUUAAAAAAAUCCUGCUGUGUCCCAUUUGGUUCAACCCCAGAGGGGAAUGGGGAAGAUAAGCAUCCAAUGAAUUUGUUCUUCAGAGACUAUUUUGGUCCUUUCCUCACAACUUCUAAAGCCAAGUUCUUUGUAGUGCUGAUAUACAUUUUCUACAUCAUAAGCAGUAUAUAUGGAUGUUUCCAAGUGCAGGAAGGGUUAGAUCUUCGGAAUCUUGCGAGUGAUGAUUCCUAUAUCACACCAUAUUUUAAUGUUGAGGAAGAUUAUUUUUCAGACUAUGGUCCAAGGGUUAUGGUCAUAGUCACUGAGAGUGUUAACUACUGGGAUGGUGAUGUAAGACAGAAGCUGGACAACUGUAUGGUAAAAUUUGAAGAAAAUGACUAUAUAGAUAAAAAUCUCACAGAGUUUUGGUUGAAAGCAUAUAUUCAAUAUAUGAAUAACAGUAGAAAGGAUCCUAAUGACAAGAAUACAUUUAUGAAUAAUAUUUCAGGUUUUUUAAAAGUUUCCCCUAUUUUUACAUAUGAUGUUAAUAUUUCCUCAUCAAAUGAGAUCAUUGCCUCCAGAGGCUUCAUUCAGACUGUAGGGGUUUCUUCGUCAAGCAGUAAGAAGAGAAUGUUACUAGAGUUACGAGGCAUAGCUGAGAACUGUGAGGUUCCCUUGAUGGUGUAUAACCAGGCAUUCAUCUAUUUUGAUCAGUAUGCUGCGAUAAUAGAAAACACUGUUCGGAAUGUCAUGGUUGCAUCAACAGCUAUGCUCAUUGUCUCCCUGUUGCUAAUUCCUCACCCAGUGUGCUCCUUGUGGGUUACUUUUGCUAUUGCAUCUGUGAUUGUGGGGGUGACGGGUUUCAUGGCAUUCUGGAAUGUUAAUCUCGAUUCCAUAUCCAUGAUUAAUCUUGUUAUUUGUAUAGGGUUUUCUUUUGAUUUUUCUGCACACAUUUCCUAUGCAUUUGUUUCCAGUUCUGAGACCUCAGUAAAUAAAAAGUCAAUUGAGGCGUUAUAUAUGCUAGGCUAUCCAGUGUUGCAAAGUGCAAUUUCAACAAUAAUAGGCGUGUGUGUUUUAUCUGCAGCUAAAGCUUACAUCUUCAGGACAUUUUUUAAGAUUAUGUUUCUUGUUAUGUUUUUUGGGGCCGCUCAUGGUCUAAUUUUUAUUCCAGUAUUCUUAACCUUUUUUUGA